AUGCCAGCAGAUAUUCGUAGUUUCUUCGGUGGCAAGCCGGCUGCUACACCACCGGCAAAAGAAGAAAAGAAGGCUCCUGUCAAAAGGGAAGAGCUAGAAAGGGUAGUACCAAAGAAGUCAACCACGACAAAAGCAGCAACAGCGAAACGCGCCGCAUCACCACAAGGCGAGGAAACAACGACUGCCGCCUACUUCGCCAGCAAGAACAAGCCAAAGCGAACUGCCGCCGCCACCAAAUCACAACUCGCUCCUCCCAAGAAAUCUCCUGCCAAACCUAUCAAAUCAGAAACAACUCCACCCGCUUCUACAGAUGACCUGAACCCUGACGACUUCCCUGACGACGACCUUGACGACGUUCCCGCAACAGACAUCAAGAAAGAAGACCCUCCUGUCGAAGACAUGCCUCCCAAAAAGCGUGCCGCCGCCACCACCAAGGCCAAGCCGACCAAGAUCAAAGAUGAAGACUACGAAGACGCCGACGUUGAGAUGAAAGAUGAUGACUUUGUCGCUCCCGACGAUGAUGACGACGACAUGGUUGUCGAAGAACCCACCAAAGCAAAAUCAAAGCCCAAGGCCAGCGCAAAGAGAAAGUCCAAGGACCUCGACACGGACGAAGAAGAAAAGCCCAAGCCAAAGAAACCUCGUGCUACCAAGAAGAAGGAGAAGGACCCACCAGUCGAAGACAGCGCGGAACUCAAGGCCAUCCUCGAUGAUAUCCCCUUGAUUCAAGCACCCGAUCCACCAGAUGAUAAUCCCGCCCCUGGAGCCGGUAGUCUCGCCAUUCCCGAGGGCAAUGAAAACUGUCUUGCUGGUCUAAGCUUUGUCUUCACUGGCCAGCUAACAUACCUUUCCAGAGAAGAGGGUCAGAAUCUGGUCAAGCGUUAUGGUGGAAAGUGCAUGACAGCCCCCAGCAAGAACACCAAUUACGUUGUGCUGGGAGCUGAGGCUGGUCCCAAGAAACUCGCUACCAUCAAGCAACACAAUCUCAAAGUCAUUGACGAACAAGGCCUCUGCGCUCUCAUCAAGAAGCUCCCUCCCAACGGCGGCAAUAGUGUUGCCGGCGCCAAGUUCGCGGAACAGCAAAAGAAGGAAGCCGACAAAAUCAAGAAAGCCGCCGAAGAGAUCGAAAAGGCAGAGCGGGAAAAGGCUGCCAAGGGUACUGCAUCUCAACCAAAGGGCAUUGCUGCCGACGGCACUGACAACAGACUCUGGACUGUCAAAUAUGCUCCCACUCAGCUCAGUCAGAUCUGUGGCAACAAAGGUCAAGUAGAAAAGCUGAGCAACUGGUUGCGCAACUUCCACAAGAACGCCCGUAAAGACUUCAAGCUGGCCGGAAAGGAUGGCAGUGGUACUUACAGAGCCGUCAUGAUCCACGGCCCUCCCGGUAUCGGCAAGACUACAGCAGCACAUCUGGUCGCAAAACUUGAAGGUUUUGAUAUUGUCGAAAGCAACGCCAGUGACACUCGCAGCAAGAAGUUGGUCGAAAGUGGUCUUAAGGGUGUCCUGAGCACAACUUCUCUCAUGGGCUACUUCUCUUCUGGCGAGGUUGAGGCAAGCAAGAAGAAGAUGGUCUUGAUCAUGGAUGAGGUCGACGGUAUGUCUGCUGGCGAUCGCGGUGGUGUCGGUGCGCUCGCAGCUGUCUGCAAGAAGACCCAGGUGCCGAUGAUUCUCAUCUGCAACGACCGCAAGCUCCCCAAGAUGAAGCCAUUCGACUUUGUCACGUUCGACAUGCCUUUCCGCCGUCCGAGCAACGACAUGAUCCGUGCUCGUAUCGCAACAAUCGCCCAUCGCGAAGGUCUCAAAAUGCCUCCAAACGUUAUGAACGCUUUGAUUGAAGGCACGGGAGCAGAUAUUCGCCAGGUUGUCAACAUGAUUUCUACAGCAAAGCUCGAUCAGUCUGCAAUGGACUACGACAAGGGCAAGGAGAUGUCCAAGGCCUGGGAAAAGCAUGUUGUCUUGAAGCCGUGGGACAUUACGAGCAAGAUUCUCGGGUUAUACUUCAACGACCACGAGUUCAGCCCUCUGAUGUUGCAAGAGAACUAUCUUGGUACAAAGCCGAUCCUAGCUGCAGACGCUCCUAAUGCAAAGAUGGCCAACCUCAAGACGCUCGAGCUAUCAAGUCAAGCAGCCGACAGUAUCUCGGACGGUGAUCUGGUCGACAGAAUGAUUCACGGCUCUCAACAGCAGUGGAGUUUGAUGCCUACACACGCCAUCAUGAGUUUUGUUCGUCCAGCCUCAUUCAUCGCAGGCUCUCAAGCUGGCAGUCAGACCCGCUUCACAACGUGGUUGGGUAAGAACAGUACUUAUGGCAAACUCAGCCGUCAAGUCAAGGAAAUUCAAGGUCACAUGCGUCUGCGCACUUCUGGAGACAGACAUGAGAUCAGACAGCAGUAUCUUCCCACAUUGUGGCAAAACCUUGUCAAGAAACUGGAAGUUGAAGGCAAAGGUGCAGUUCCCGAAGUCAUCCAGCUGAUGGAUCAAUACUUCCUUACUAAGGAUGACUUUGAUGCCAUUCUGGAACUUGGCGUGGGACCCAUGGACCAGGAACAGAUCAAGCUGGAAACACAGACAAAGGCCACCUUUACCAGGACGUACAAUGCACAGUCUCACCCUCUACCUUUCAUGAAGGCUUCCAGCGUCGUCAACCCAUCCAAGAAGAUCGCAAAGGACAAGCCCGAUCUCGAGGAAGCCAUGGACGACUCGGAAGAUGAAGCCAUUCUCAAGGAAGCAGCCGAAGACGAUGCCGAAGAAGAGGAAGACUUGGACCUUUCAAAGGACAAAUGA